ACACAGACAGACACACAGACAUGGCCCAGCCUGUGGCUCCUCUCUUGAGCUCCAAGUGGACGACUGUUAGCUCACGUCUGGUGAAAGCUGACGAAUGUAAGGAUCCAGAGUGGAUGGAGUUGGCUAAAAUAGACCAGCUUUUAUUGGGAAAUUUUUCAUCACAUGUGUUUCUGUACAAGCCCAAGUGUGAGCUCUCAAACGAGAACUGUGAUGCUUCUGAAGUUCUGCCAAUCGACAAAUUGAUUCGAUCUCUGGAGAAGGUGUUGGUCCAUUUCUACCCUCUUGCAGGCAGGCUGAUAAAGAACGGACCACAGGAAUUCGUUCGUGUGUUCUGUAACAACCAAGGAGCUGAAUGGUAUCAUAAGCGGUACGAUGGUGCUGCAUCGGAAAUCAUAGACGAAGACAACUUCCAGCCAGAUGAGCGGUUGUCGGGAUAUUCUCAUUUGAAAGUUCGCUCACCAGUUUACGAUUCAUCAGGACUAACUGCGCUCGUGGUGCAGGUGACAGAAUUCCAAUGUGGGACCGUGGCUCUGAGCGUUUCUUACAGUCACAUGCUGGCAGAUGGGUUCUCGGGUCUCCACUUUUUGCAAUCCUGGGCAGAAAUCUGUCGAGGGGAGCCCAUUUCGCUCCUUCCAGUGCAUGCACGCUGGAUCCUGAAGGCCGGAAAGGAGGCAUCGGCGACUGCUGAAGCUCCCAAGACGAGACCCGUCUCUCACGGAGGGAACACUAUGUCCCAGCGGUAUCGUCCGCCCCUGGCGUACAAAACUUUGAGGUACAGCAGAAGAAAACUCGAAGAGCUGAAAGCCCAAGCCCGAGACUCUGAACAAUCGGACAUUGGCCGGGGCAAGGUUCUCUCCACUGCCGAUUGCGCGUGCGCGCACUUGUGGCGCAAUGUGACGCGGAUUGCGGGCGUCGAGCACGACAAAGAGAUAGCGUAUGUCAAUAUCGUCAAUGGCAGAUCGAGGUUGGAAAACUGCCCUCCCGGCUACUUCGGCAACUGCAUUUAUUCAACGACGAGGGGGACAGUUGCUGAAGCCAAGGCUGGGGACCUCUUGUCACAGCCGCUACGUUUUGCUGCCACGGCCAUACACGAUUCUCAUCGCAGUAUCGACAACGCAGCAAUCAGACGCACGAUCGAUUUCUGUCAGGGGACGGAGUUUGCACAGGACAUGUUGGGUGGGCGGGACAUGAAAUCUGUUCUCCUGGGCUCUUGGCAGAUCCGUUUCCCAUUUUAUGAAAUAGACUUUGGUUCGGGGAGACCCGCGAAUGUGUUGAGGAACGUCCGCUCCAGGGUGGGUGUUUUGGCGCACUUGCAUGCGUACCCGGGUAGGUCACCAGGAGAUGUCAUCAUGGUCGUGGAAGCUGAUUCCAGCCUUUUAGAACAUCUCGGUGAUGAACUUUGAUUAGCAUGCAUAUCAUUACCGUGAAAAUUCGGGGCCCCUUCUUUUCUGGCUUUGUGAUUCAACGUCGGGGCUUUUCCCAUCGUCAUUCUACUCAUCUUCUCUCGGACUCUCUCAGAGUACAGAGUGUCUAUCCUGAGAGAGAUAUCAGGAUAGACAAGUUUCAGUUGCUCCAAGGAAUCAACAUUUUUUUUUGCACGCAUGAAAACUGGUAUUCUGUACAGCAACAAAACCUUCAGUAAUUCAGGUCUUGCUCCACAAGUUUAUUUCAUGG